CUGGAUCAAGUCAACGGUUCGGCUCAAAAUGGCUGGAGAGAAACAGUUAGGAGGAUCGACGGUUUUGCCUGGUAUUUACGAAAAAUGAGCCUAUCGUAGCUUGAAGGCGCUUCCUCCACAUAACUGGGGAUCCAGGGGGAGUGUGGAGAGGGGGGGACAGGACCAUUACCCGGGCACCACCCAGAAAGAGAAGGAGCGAGGGAGCAGCUGAGGAAGGAGGAUCAUCCAAUCGUUGGUAGCCAGUGAGUCCAGCCCUUCAGAUGAAGAGCCUUCAGUUCAGGAGCAUCGCCCCUAAGGCCCCGGCCGUGGCGCCCUCCCCCUCCCCUGCGGUCCUGUCCUGCCAGCCUACCUCUGCCCUCCCUGAGGCUGCCACCGCCACUAGCCCCAAGUCCAUCAUUGUGCCCACCCAAAACUAUGCACUGAUGCAAAUAGCAGGUCAGGAUGGCACUUUUUCUCUGGUGGCACUUCCCCCUUCGGUCUCCUCUCAGACACCACAGCAACAACAGCAGCAAACUCAAACAAACCCAAAAUUGCCCAUUCCCAGAUACCAGCCAAUGAGAAGCAAGGGGACCACAGAUAAGGUCAAGUCACCACCACUGGCUGCCAGGGCAAAAACUGUCCCCAAGGUUGCGGCCUCAGCACAAUCCAUGUCAGCUUCCUGUGGGCCAACAGUUAUGAAGAUAAAGCAACAUGAGCAAACAAAGGAUAUCGUAGUGCCCAAAGAAGAGCCUUCAGAGCAGGUGAUUCUGAUUGACCCAGCCUCCUCUGAUAUCUCCGUCACUGCUCUUCUCCCAGACAAUGCAGUCCUGUACCCGGGUUCUCAGUUAGAGCGAGCACCAGAUUGCUCUGAACGACCUGCUACAACUAGUCUUAUUCAGAACCUCCAGUACCCCCCUACUGCUGUCAAAGGCUCCCCAAGUAAGUCCCUUGAGGAAAGCAAGACUACAAUGAGGCUGUGCCAAUCUAAUUCUGCUGUAGCCCAACCCCAGAGCAGUAUCACUGUCCUGUCCUCAGCCAUCUUCAGCAAAGCAGUCCAGAUAAUCCCGUCCCCACCAAAGGGUAAACUGCCCAUUCUGCCCUACUCUAAGAUGAAGAAUACCCUCAUCCCAGCUGCCCAGCUCAGCAAUUUGUCUCCAGAGAAGAAGGGUUUCUCUAGCCAGACAGGACUCACCAGCCCCGUAGAUCCUACAUCCAAGACCCUCGAGACAUCUGAAGCCUUGGUUCAGAACCUGGUCCCAAACUCCACUCUUCAGCCCAACUCAAAGACCACACUCAUGCCUGUGUUGGGAACCCUGCAGAACCCACCUGGUAAGAAGAGGGGGAGGAAGAGAAAGACAAUGGAGGACAUCUUGGCAUUUGAAGCCAGAAAGAAGAGGUCUUUGUCUUUUUUCCGUGGAAGAGUCCCAGAGAAACCGCCAGCAGUUGUUCCAGGCUCUAAACAAAAAGAAGUUGAUAUUUCAAAGAAGUACCGCAGCAUAAGACCCAAGCCCAUGUUGGUCAUGGAGACAGUUCCCCAACUGGUUAGUUUGCCUGCGGUUACUCCAGAUGCCCAAGAACAGGAGCUUGUACUCGAUCAUCAACUCCCUACCACUACAACAACCAAGGCCCUGGACAGUCCUCCCCCAACAGCCCCAGUGACCCUACAACUGAAAGGUGCUUCGCAUACAAGAGUGUUCGUAAGCAGCCGUCCGCUUCACCGCUGCCCUACCUGCAGCCGCUGUUUCCAGUUCAAGCAUCACCUCCAGAGCCACAUGAACAGUCACACCAACAGCCGGCCCUACGCCUGCCCAGUCUGCCGCAAGGCGUACGCUCACUCUGGAAGCCUGAGCACCCACAUGAAGCUUCACCACUCCGAGGUACGCCCACGUCGGUCUCUGUGCUGUGAGUUCUGCGAGAAGUCCUUUGGAUAUGUCGGGGUUUACUUCAGUCAUCUGAGAGAGGUUCACAAGGUGGUGCUGACCGUGGAGCCGUCCAUCAGCCAUCACGAGGAUGACCUGUCAGUAGAGGGGGCCAACUCAGAGCCAUCAGAUGAGCAGGAUCGGGAAGACCCUGUGGAGCUGCAGAUAAAAUGUGGCCGCUGCCAAGCCAUCACUCCCACCUUUGCCGACAUGAAGAUGCAUUUGCUGUAUGUGCAUGGGGAGGAGAUCCAGGUUCCACUUCAUGAUGGUCAACAACUGCGCGGUGGCCGGGAGGCUGAAAACGAGCUGGUGAAGCACGCUGCCCACUACUGGCGUCAACUCAAUGAGAAGCGCAACCUGGUCAAGUGCGGCAGCUGCAACGAGGAGUUUGUCUCCUUCUCCAAACUUAAGAGGCACAUCAUGUCCCACCACCAUGGCCAAGAGGGGGAGGAUAGUGUGACCCUCUCUUCACCAGAAGGCGGCGGAGGAAGACUUGGCGUCCUUGCAGCAGGUGCGGCCUUCAACUGCGUGCUUUGCAGCGAGGUGUUGGACACUAAAGACGGAGUUAUGGAGCACUGGAGGAGUCGCCACCACUGUGAGCAGCCAAGCCUUCUGUGGGACGCACUGAGCUCCUACUCCGUCCUGGAAGAAGGUGAGGCUGAGGGGGAUCUAGACACUCCUGCUCCAAGCCCACACUAUCCAGCCUAGUCCUGGAUGGGCAUGGAGCCCUUUACUGUUACUUCUCACACAUACUCAGUCUGAAAAAUUAGCUACACAGGGAUGGAGAGUUUCUCUUAUGACUUUUAUCACUAGUUUCAUAUUUCACCAGUUGGCACAUUUGUCUUGGUCCAGGAGCAAAGAAAGAUAAUAUUAAAAUAAAUGGUAGAAAUUGAUCUUUGUGAUACAAUUCAUAAGGUACAUUCUCUCAAGGAAAGAUAAUCCAAUUUUUAAACAAUAUUGUUUUUCAUGUUAUUUAGAUUGCACUGUUUGGUUUUUUGUUUGGAGAUGUAUGUAUUUAGUGUCCCGUUGGAUUAUUUUUUUCUACUUAUUUAAAUCGUAAUAAAAGGGUAAUUAUAACCUAGCUGACACAGUAAUACUGUUAAAGGGUCAACUCACUUAAUCUCUAUGGUAUCUAGCCAUUCAGAAAUAUAUAUAUAUGGUUUUAUGUGCUCAGUUUUUGAUCUCCAAACAAAGAAUAAUUUACAUUCUUUAAAUUAUAAAACAUCUCAUUGCAGAAACUGUGUCCGCGUUAAUCUGUGGAUUAUCCAGAGGAAAAUAAGUGUUGUAUAGUACCCCGAGUACCACAAACAAAUUCCCAUGUACCUACGUUUUAUAAUCUGAUACUACCAAAUUUGCAAUGCUAGAUUCCACUAUGGUAAAGUGAGAAAAUGUGUUUUUAAAUUUGGAUGCACUGACCCUUUGCAAAAUAAUAAGAAAUGUAAAUCUCGUAACAGGGGCACACUGUCUAAUGUCACAAUGGCUGACAAUUAUCUAUUGGCCUUGGGUUAUUACUGGUUAAAAUAAAACAGUAAGUGUACACAAUGCCUAAAUGUAAUAUUGCUCCUGUAACAGGAAAAUAAUAUUUCAGUUAUGACUUGAACUUUUACAGCCCGAUUUAAGAUCAGUAUUAGGGUCCUCUGUCAACCCAGACCCAUAAAGGAACACUUUCCUAACCAGCACCCAAGUGACAUCCUUGUGGCCUUCUGAAAAAACGAUGUUCAUGCAUAGUAGGGCUUACUGUCAACAUGGUCCUCCGUAGGCCAAAUUCAACCCCCUGACUUGUAGAGUAUUGCCUUUUUGUGUAUUCUGUGAUAUGCCAAGGUCUAUUCACACUAGUGAUUGUAGAAGUGAGUUUUGCAUUCAAGCUUUUUAACCACUAACAGAAUAUUUUUUGUUGACUUACGCAAAGGAAACCAUCAAAUUGCCUACCUGUUGUUGCCAGCUCUUGUACACCUGUGGAAUUGUGUGCACACAGACUCUAUUAGAGUUAUUAUAAACUGUUGUCAAGUCCAGAUAAUAUGCUAUUUUAUACUCUAGAUUAAUACAGAGGUCUUUUAGUAUAUUUAUGCUUGUUGUUGGUCCUUAAAGAACCAGCACUGAGACAUUUUGUUAUGUUUUUUCUUCUAAGUUUGGGGAUGCUUAAUGUCUUGUUUUUCUUGGUGGGAGGCCAUUGCUACAUGGCAAGUAUCUCUGCUUACUAUAUCUGUGUUUAUCUUUCAUAUGAAGAAAAAAAAACAUCACAGGGUCAAGUGAAUGUACCUGAAUGUUUUCAGAACCCUACCAAAAGUAUAUAUAUGCGAUAUAGACUUAUUCCAUAGAUAGAAUAUAUAGAUAUAUUGAGACAAAAUAUAUAUAUUUACAUAGAGUAACUAGUGAAUCAGCUGCUGUGUUCUGUCAUAUGGGAGGAGGGUAACAAGAGAUGAAUAUAUCAUUGCCUACUGGCAACAAAAGCCAUGAAGAGUUGUCCUUAUGUGUCUGACACAAAACGUGGGACUGUGAAUGAAGGGGAAAGCACUGAUGUGUGUCACACUUAGUGGGUCAUCUACAGUUUCUGAAUGCUGUGUUUGAGUGUUCAUCAAUGAACUGUCCUUUUAUUUUCAAGCCCUCAACACAAACCAGGAAGUGACAGAAUUAAGGGUCAGACUCUUAUUUCCUCAGUUAGAUGAGAAUCAUACCAUGACUGUCAGCACAAGUCAGAAAGUGAAAAGCCCCACGUUAGGUUAUGUGAUGUGUUUGACUCACUAAUUAUGUUGAGUGUGUCCAACAAAAAAAAAAAGACUGAAAGUGUUUGUGCUUGUGACUGUUUGUGUACCUGAAGAAUCUGAUGUUUGUGAAAAUAAAGAUGUGCUUUGUUCAAGACAUUUCAAGUCUUAGAGGUCCCUGCCAA